AGAGGAAAAACUCAAUCUAGUGUAUUCAAGGUAUAGUUCGUCAAGUAAAAUAAAUAAAUAAAUAAAAGAGAGAGAAAACCUAAAACCCUUUCGUCUUCCUGACUCUCACGUACUACACCUUCUUCUUCUUCUUCACAGUUACCCCCGGCUCUUCCUUUCAGCAGCUCAGUAUCGCCCCCGUCUUUCUUCCGCUCGUGCCGGCGGCGUUUUCUUCUCCUUGUCCUGCCGCAGCCUUCCUUUUGUUGUACUGACUUUCUACUCUCUCUUGCUACUGUUAAAGCCGCAAGCGUGAAAUUGGAAAAAAUCGAGGCUAGUUCAUUUCUGAAUCUAGCCGAGCUGAUAACAUAGAAUAGCUCCCGGCUUAUUGUAAGGGUCUUCAAUAUGGCAAGUGGACCUGGACUUGAUUCUCUGGUUGAUCAAACAAUAUCAGUUAUCACAAACGACGGCCGCAAUAUAGUGGGAGUGUUGAAAGGGUUUGACCAGGCUACAAAUAUUAUUCUUGAUGAAUCUCAUGAACGUGUUUACUCUACCAAGGAAGGCGUUCAACAACUUGUUUUGGGUCUAUAUAUAAUCCGAGGCGACAAUAUAAGCAUUGUUGGGGAGCUAGACGAGGAACUUGAUUCUAAUCUAGACUUGUCCAAAUUGAGAGCUCAUCCUCUCAAACCUGUGAUUCACUAAUUGGAGCAGGAAGCAAUGAGUUUGUGUUUAUUAUUAUUAUGAGAAGCUUCCACUAAAACAAGUCAAGCUGUUAUCGGUUCUUUUUUUGGCUUUAACCUCUUUCAUCACCUUUCACAGCUUUGCUUAGAUAGUGAGUAUUAUUUGAUGCUUAUGGAUAUUAUUAAAUAUUUGAAAGUUAAAUAUUUGGAAUUUAAAUACUUGAGAUGUUUAUUACUUGUGGUUGAAUAUUUUGGUAGAGUUAGGUAGUUGUUCAAAUAAUGAUUCAGUGAGUAAGUCUAGGUGUCCGCAAUGGCAUAUGUAGUUUGUAAUACUAAAGCUUCAAUUUUAACCUUAGAAUUUGACUAA